AUGACGACCGGCGCUCCGGCAACGGCGACAUUUCAGGGCGUCUCGCUGGACGAGGCGGUGGAGGAGACGCUUGGCGUCGUCCAUCUCGGCCUCGUCUGGCUCCUCGGCCUCGGGCUCUACCUCGGCUUGCCGGGCUGGGCGAGGCCAGAUCGGCGACUGGGCGCCGUCCGACCGCCGCAUCUGACCACUUGUCCGGUUGCCGUGACAACGGAGGAUCGCGGUGAUCCGAUCGGCCGUCUCUUGAGCUGGCUCGAGGCGGUCGAGAUCGUCGCGAUCGUCUGGUUCAGUCUCCGCGUCCACUGCUCCAUCAGUCGGGCCCGAGGCCGGGCUCGCGGCGGUCUGGGUUCGACGGAGUCGGGACUCGAACCGGUCGCGGUUAUGACGCCUCCGAGAGCGGACGUCGAGAGCCGCGUCGGCGGCGCGAGCAGCGACUCCGGCGAGCCGCGUCACCUGCGCUUCGCCUCGGUCUCGAUGAGCACUAGCGGCAACAACGAGGAGGCGAUGGCGCCGAAGCGGGACUCGAACGCCACCCGAAAUCGGCCCUCGCAGGCAGUCGUGGAGUUCUCGCGGGCCCUCAACACCAUUCGCUUUUUCAUGGCCUCCGUCGUUCUUGGCGUGCUUCCGGCAACUAUGGCCCAACUGGCCACGGCGCAUGGACUUUCGGUGAGUUCGAAUCACGCCAGCCGGCCGAAAUGUGUGAGUUAG